AGUCACCUCUGGCCGUUACUCGACGCGUACGCGUAUUCUACCGGUGUACUGUAUUUGUAGACGCCGAUACAUUCACUGCAGUUUCUUGAAACCGAGUAGCUUCCUGCACUGACCAAACCAACACAACACCGGCCGGCGAUUUUUCAACAUCGGCAGCCACUAUAUAAAAUCGCGCGCCUCCCGCUUUCCAGCUCGACACAAAACAAAACCAACCGCCGCCUCCACUCGCGCUGUAGCUCUCCUCUCCCUUCCCCUUGUCUGCCACGACUCCAGCCAGACCUUCGAGUCUUCGACGACGACGACAGGCCGGGGAGAAAACAGGCCGUCGUCGUCUCCGAGGUCUCUGUCUCUCCAUCCAUGGAGGAGGAGACGCCCAAGGCCAAGAAGCGGUCGUCGGUGCUCGGGAGCCUCCGGGAGGCGAUCGCCAAGGUCCGGUUCCUGCUCUCCUUCAGCGCGACGCGGUGGAUGCUGCUGAGGUCCCUGGCCGGCCGCGCGCGGCGCCUCAGCUUCGACUCGCGGCCGGGCCUGCUGGACGUCGAGGACAGCAUCAUCGCGUCGCCGGCCUCCUCCUCCUCGUCGUCCAGCUCCAGGAUCACGUCCAGGUCGGCGAGCCUGGGCACGGCGACCACCAGGAGCCUGUCGCGGACCAGCAGCGCGGCCACGGCGUCGCCCGAGGCGCUGAAGAGGGCGUCGUCGUCCAGCGGCGGCGCGUCGCCGGCGGCGGGGGACGACGACGACGACAUCGACCAGCGCGCGGAGCUGUUCAUCGCCAACUUCUACAGGCAGCUGCGGAUGGAGCGGCAGGUGUCGCUGCAGCUGCGGUACGUCCGGGGGAACAGCUGGGACAGGACUCUUGCCGCUUCUCCGUCUCCUUCCAGGGGAGGGUGAUGAUCCCGUAGAUGCGCAGCAGAAUAAUAAGAAUUGAAUUGCGAGGUAGUAGUAGAGAUCUUUUCCUUUGCUGCUUUUGCAGAGUGCGCGGUGACUGGAUUUAGAUGGGUAUUUUUUUUCCUCCUCCAUCGAUUCUGCACUAUUUUUUUUGGUUUUGAAUAGUACAGUUUAUGAUUUGUUUUGACUGAUGAUUGAGAGUGUAAUAAAUACAAAAAAAAAUGGCAUUUGGUUGACAAUAUGUAAACAGAUGUUUAUUUUGACUUUUGAUUUGUGAACAAAGAGGAAAGAGGAAGCAAGCUCUGAUGCUCAA